UUUACACCCCCACUGCUCUUGUGGUUCUGCUCUUCGAUCCGCUGAAACGAUCCGCAAUACCGUUUCCUCCUCAUCUCGUGUUUCUCGUUUUUCUCUACUGUUUUGAAAUUUAUUUUUUUCUUCCACCACAGUUUUUCUUUCCUGUUUGGUGCACACGGAAAUGAAUAUAUUUAGGUGAAGAUUGGUUUGCAUCCCGAGAUCAGGAAUUGUUUGAAAGAAAUAUUUUGAUCAUUGCUGGGUGAAUUUAUCAAGAUAUCGUUUUGGAUAAAAUCUUUACUUCAAAGUUAUUGAGUUCAAAGCCAUGGCGGCCAUUGUUGAAGGAAGUUCACCUGCCCCUGAGGAAAACUCUUCUUCACCUGCGACUAAAGAGAACGAAAACACUGGUUCAGCCGUCGAAGGCCCGUCUUUCAAAGACCAAUUCAAACUUUUCGCCAAGUUUGGCGAUUGCAAGAGCACUGGUGAAGCCAUCACCUUGUCCAACAGUGAUAAAUGGAUGAAGCAAGCUAAAGUCAUCGACAAGAAACUGACCACGACGGAUACUGGCAUUUAUUACAAGAUGGUUGCCAAAACAAAAAGAACAUUAACCAUCAAGGAAUAUGAACAAUUCUUGGAAACCUUAGCCAAAAAUAAGAAGGCAGAUGUUGCCGAAAUGAAGCAGAAAAUGACAUCCUGUGGCCCUCCUGCUACAUCCAAAACAACGCCCACUGCAGCAGGUGGAGCUGUCAGUCGGCUGACGGACCACACCAAAUAUACGGGCACUCACAAGCUGCGUUUCGACGAAGCAGGCAAAGGUCGUGGUAAAGAAGGGCGAGAGGACAAGCCAAACGAAGCUGGAUACGUUCAAGGCUACAAAGAUCAAGGGUCUUACGAGAACACUCAUUGAAACAAAAAAGAAAACAUUGUACAUAAGUGGAGCUGAAGUAGUACGUUUAAAUAAUGGGAAUCUUAAUCACAGACUGGAAAAGUUCUGUUUUUACUUAUUUAAGGAAAAUAUGCAAUUUCAGUAAGUUGAAGUUCCGCGAGUAGAAAAUAUUAGGCUUAAAAAAUUUUCUUUUUGUUCGCUUUCUUUGUCAUUUUUCUUUACGAUCGACUCCAGAAAUAAACUUAUUGUUUUCAACGCCUUUUUUUGAAAAGAAUUUUUUAGAAUUCUCUCUUUAUUUUUGUUUGGUUGUAAAAACGAAUGUCGAUAAAAUUGGAAAUGUUCAUGAAAAGCGAAUUCAAAUCAUAAUACUUAUUAUUAAAAAUGUUAAAAACAUACAAACGCAUUAAAACAAACCGCUAUUUUGUCAUUAAUAUAUUUUAUCAUUA